AUCAUAGAAAGGAUUCGUCAGCUUUACAAACGUCGUGAAGGACGGCUGGUACCAUUUCCAUGGUGUGACCUUAAUUUCAACCUAAAUGAGAUUUUCACCCGACUGAAGAUCGUUAACAAAGAAAAAACCCGAGGAACACUGACCGAUGAUGAAAUCACCAACAUGACUGCUAUCUUUAGACCCCAUCCUGAUUGCCCGAAACCACAGAUUCUUUUGAUCGAAGGAGAACCUGGCAUGGGAAAAACCACCUACUCACAAAAACUGGCGUAUGACUGGGCAAAUAAACAAGAUGAAUGGGACACGUCUUUUCCAUCAAUUGAAGUGCUGCUCUUGCUUAGAUGCAACGAUGUUAAAUCUGGCAUCUGGGAAGCUAUUGACGACCAACUUCUUCCUGGUGAAAUUGACGAACAGGCUAAGGAGAAUUUUUUCAAAUACAUCCGAGAAAAUCAGGCCCAAUGUUUGCUACUGCUUGAUGGAUUAGAUGAGGCAGAUUCCUUUAAACUGGACAUGUACUACUCGCUCGUUCAGAGUAAACUCCUCCCAGCUUGUCACAUUGUCAUUACAUCUCGCCAUGAGGUUGGAAAGAAAGUAAGGCCAUACUGUGACGCCCUGUGGGAGAUUGUAGGAUUUACUAAAGAGGAUGCGAAAAGUUUUAUCAGAAAGUAUUUUAAAGGCAAGGAACACUUGGCUGAGAAGCUGAUUGAACGAUUGAAACUUCCAGAGUAUGAUGAUGAUCCACUUAAAACGCUAGGCGAGUUAACAAAAAAUCCACUCAAUACAGCUUUACUCUGUUGUCUUUUCGAGGAUUUCGAAGGUGUUCUUCCAACAAGUAGGACUGAGUUGUACGUUGAAAUUGUUGCCUUUGUUUUGAGAAGAUACGAAGAAAAAAACGGACUCGAAAGCUGCAAUGAAGACUUGAUUUCAGGUUAUGAGAAAGAACUUUUGCUUUUGGGCAGCUUCGCGUUAGAAUCCCUCCUCGAAGGAGAGUUGUACUUUGAAGAGAAGGAAGAUACCGUCAAGUCAAUCAAUUUUGGGUUCUUGUCUCUUCAACAAGGUGGCGCCAAGCGCAAACCUUGCACGCGCUACGCAUUUUUACACAAAAGCUUUCAGGAGUUUUUUGCUGGUUUUUUCCUGGCGUUUCAGGUUAUCAGCAAGGAAAGAGACUUAACCUCAGUUGUAGAUGAUAAGAGAUACUUGGAUGGACUGAGACAGGUCUUUUUGUUCAUGAGUGGCAUCAUAGCUUCACGGAGUGAGGAAACUGCAGUGUCGUUCGUUAGUCGUAUAGCUAAAAAAAUCAACUCUGCCGGACACAGUAAAUAUAUGAGUUUAGCUUGUGAGUGUUUGUUAGAAUGUUCAAGUGUUAAGGAAAGUCUUGAAACUCGCUUAGUUUGUAGUUUAGGUAAGCACCUUGACAUGUCGUCCCUGACUGAAGUGAAUUUUAACCACACAGGGUUACACGACGCUGGUGCUGCUGCGAUUUCCAUGGCCCUCACAGUAAACUGCUCCCUGACUAUUUUGAAUUUACGUUGUAACAGAAUUGGCGACGCUGGUGCUUCUUCUCUUUCUCAAGCCCUCACAGCAAACUCCUCCCUGACUAGUGUGGAUUUAUCUGGUAACAGUUUUGGCGAAGCCGGCGCUUCUUCUCUUUUUCAGGCCCUCACAACAAACUCCUCCCUGACUAUUUUAAAUUUACGUGGUAACAGAAUUGGCGACGCUGGUGCUUCUUCUCUUUCUCAAGCCCUCACAGCAAACUCCUCCCUGAGAAGUUUGGAUUUCUCUGGUAACAGUAUUGGCCACACCGGUGCUGCUUCUCUAUCGCAGGCCCUCACAGCAAACUCCUCCCUGACUAGAUUGGAUUUAUCUUAUAACAGUAUUGGGGACGCCGGUGCUUCUUCUCUUUCUCAGGCCCUCACAGCAAACUCCUCCCUAACUAGAUUGAAUUUACCUUAUAACAGUAUUGGGGACGCCGGUGCUUCUUCUCUUUCUCAGGCCCUCACGGGAAACUCCUCCCUGACUAGUUUGGAUUUACAUGGUGGCAGUAUUGGCGACGCCGGUGCUUCUUCUUUUUCUCAGGCCCUCACAGCAAACUCCUCCCUGACUAGAUUGGAUUUAUCUUAUAACAGUAUUGGGGACGCCGGUGCUUCUUCUCUUUCUCCGGCCCUCACAGUAAACUCCUCCUUGACUAGUUUAUAUUUAGGUGGUAACAGUAUUGGGGACGCCGGAGCUUCCGCUCUUUCUCAGGCCCUCACAGUCAACUCCUCCCUGACUAGUUUGGAUUUACGUGGUAACAGUAUUGGCCAAGCCGGUGCUUUUUCUCUUUCUCAGGCCCUCAAAGUAAACUCCUCCCUGACUAGUUUGGAGUUACGUCAUAACAGUAUUGGCGACGCCGGUGCUUCUUGUCUUUCCCAAGNGCGACGCCGGUGCUUCUUCUUUUUCUCAGGCCCUCACAGCAAACUCCUCCCUGACUAGAUUGGAUUUAUCUUAUAACAGUAUUGGGGACGCCGGUGCUUCUUCUCUUUCUCCGGCCCUCACAGUAAACUCCUCCUUGACUAGUUUAUAUUUAGGUGGUAACAGUAUUGGGGACGCCGGAGCUUCCGCUCUUUCUCAGGCCCUCACAGUCAACUCCUCCCUGACUAGUUUGGAUUUACGUGGUAACAGUAUUGGCCAAGCCGGUGCUUUUUCUCUUUCUCAGGCCCUCAAAGUAAACUCCUCCCUGACUAGUUUGGAGUUACGUCAUAACAGUAUUGGCGACGCCGGUGCUUCUUGUCUUUCCCAAGUCCUCACAGCAAACUCCUCCCUGACUAGUUUGGGUUUAGGUCAUAACAGUAUUGGGGACGCCGGUGCUUCCGGUCUUUCUCAGGCCCUUACAGCAAACUCCUCCCUGACUAGUUUGGGUUUAGAUGAGAACAGUAUUGGCGACGCCGGUGCUUCUUCUCUUUCUCAGGCCCUCAGAGCAAACUCCUCCUUGACUAGGUUGGAGUUAUAUCAAAACAGUAUUGGU